GAGAUACACUUGUUAUAGACAAGGUUAUCGGCCAGCGAAGCAUAAUGUGAAUGUCAGGAAGUCUCAGCAGGAAACAAGGACAGGUUGCUUGGCACAUAUGACUAUUGCACGACAGCCUAAUGGAAGGUUCCGUGUUACCCAUUUUGAAACAAAACACAAUCAUGAGUUUGUGACACAAAGUACAACUCAUAUGUUACCUUCGCAGAAGAGAUUAACCUUUGCUCAAGCAGUUGAAGCUGACUUAAUUAAUAGUUCUAGGAUGGAUGGAAAACCAAAACUUGGAAUGGGGUUUGACUCAGAAGAUCAUGCAUAUGAGUUUUAUAAUGCAUAUGCUGGACAGGUAGGUUUUAGUGUUCGAAAAGAUUAUGUAAAUAGGAGCAAAAUAGAUGGUGCUGUGGCAUCUAGGAGGUUUACUUGCUUUAGGGAAGGUUAUCGGCAAAAAGACAAGCGGGAUUUGAAUGUGAAGAGAUCUCGAAAGGAAACCAGAAUUGGUUGUUUGGCACAAUUGGUGAUUUCUCGUCAAUCUGAUGGUAAAUAUCGUGUUACGCAUUUUGAAGAAAAGCACAAUCAUGACCUUGUCGCUGCAUGUCGAGUGCGCAUGUUAAGAUCACAAAAGAGGUUAGCUGUGUCCCAAGUUGCUAAAGGAAACGUACAAAAUGUGUUUACAAUACAGCCAAAAUCAACCUUUGAGUUACCACACAACACAGUUGGAGACGAGCAUGGAUAUAAUCCCAUAGAUUACAAAAGUAAACUUUCUUUUAAACAUACAAGAGAAAUGAAAGAGGGUGAAGUAGAAAGGAUACAGCAAUAUUUUCGAAGCAAGCAAUUGAAAAAUCCAUCUUUCAUCUAUGUUAUGCAACUUGAUGCUGAAGAUCAAAUAACUAAUAUAUUUUGGGCUGAUUCAAAGAUGGUAGUGGAUUAUAGUGACUUCGGCGAUGUGGUUUGCUUUGAUACAACCUACAAAGUUGUCAAAGAUGGUCGACCAUUUUCACCUUUCAUUGGGGUGAACCAUCAUAAGCAAAUGGUGAUCUUUGGUGGUGCAAUAUUGUAUGAUGACACUGUCGAGUCUUUCAAGUGGUUGUUUCAAACUUUCGUAGAGGUGAUGUCUAGGAAAAGGCCAAAAACAAUCCUCACCGAUCAAGAUGCAGUACUGGCUGAAGCGAUUGCUUUCGCAUUGCCUGGAACACUUCAUCGAAUAUGUGUUUGGCACAUGUACCAAAAGGCUCUUAAACAGCUACACCACAUGUUUGUGAGCUCAGAUUGCUUUAAAAAUGAUUUAUGUAGUUGCUUCUUUGAUCAAGAGGAGGAAGAGGACUUCAUCCAUGCAUGGAAGGUUAUGCUGGAUGUUUAUGGUCUCUGGGAAAAUGAGUGGUUGAAUGAGAUAUUUAAAGAUAGAGAGAAGUGGGCCACAGCAUACAGAAGGCAUAUAUUUUGCGCUGAUAUAAGAAGGGCACAACUAUGUGAAUGUUUUACUGCUAACUUGAGGAAGUAUCUAAAGUCUGACUCGGAUGUGCUAUUAUUUUUCAAGCAACUUGGGAAAAUGGUGAAUGAUUGGCACUACAAAGAAUUAGAAGCUAAUUAUGAUAUGAACCAACACAUGCCAAAACUAAUGGGGGAUGUGAUUCUCUUGAAGCAUGCAAGGGAUGUUUACACACCAAAGAUAUUUGAACUGUUUCAACAAGAAUAUGAAGCAUGUCUGAAUAUUGUCAUUAACCAGUGCACUGGGAGUGGCUCAUUGUUUGAGUAUAAAGUGAGCUUCUAUGGUCAACUACGAGAGUAUACAGUGAUUUAUAACUUGUCUGAUGAGACAGUUAUGUGCAGCUGUAUGAAAUUUGAGUAUAUGGGAGUUUUGUGCAGUCAUGCAUUAAAAGUGCUUGACUAUAGAAAUAUCAAAAUUCUACCCGACCAUUAUAUCUUAAAGAGGUGGACAAGAGAUGCAAGGGUUUGAAAUUCUAUACAUAGUUGGGUGUAUCACAUGACAUCGACUGCGAGUUGGCUUAUGGGAGCUGAUGUUAAGAUCUCUGAUUUUAAAAGAUGGGAUGUUAGCAAUGGAUUCUGCACGUGAGGAAGCAUUUUUCGAUUUGCUCCUUAAACAGAUUCAUAUAAAGAGAGAGCAGUAAGUAAUCCAUUGGAGUCGAUGUUCUUGGUUGAAGGCUUUUGAGAAGGUUGGGAGAGUUUGCUCUGGACUGUGCCGGGUGUGGAACUUCUUCCUGCCUUCGGUGACUGAGGUUGUGUCAGUGGAACCUGUAAGAGAGGAGGAGAAUCAAAAGAAGAAAAAUUGCAUCAAUUUACCUUCUGAGCCGAAUGACAAAACUAGGGAAGGCAUACUUUACAGAUAAGUUUUAUGUCAAUGCGGUGGAAAUAUAUGAAGCGGAAUGCUCUCAAAAUGUCUUGACAGAAUGUACCUUUUUAAUCUCAUUCUUAGAUGCUGAUCUUUCUUUAUAGAAAUUUGGCAGUGGCCUGGCCUUGAAGCAAAGGCUUUGUCGCAGUUUUCUGAGUUCUGUUUCUGCUUUCUCCUGCUCAAACAGAAGGAUCAGUGGCUGUCAUGUAUUGAUAUGAACUAUGCCUCAAUUCAAUAAUGAAAUAUGAA